AAAUAAAUGUUUUCCAUCAUUUAUGACUCUGCAUAGCACAACGUCACCUGCAGCUUUAGUAUUGAGAAAGAUGCUACUUUGCUGCAGUGAAUUACUACACACAGUUUCUAAAUCUUAGGGCAGAACUCCACAAGGGACUGCUUGAUGUGCGAAUUAGGUCACAGGAGAUUUCUACACUGAUAUCCACUCAGCUGCCAGUUUAUUAGGAACACCCAGUUAAAACUAAUGGAGUCUAAAACAAUCCAGCAAUAAAUCCUACUUUCAUGACGGUUAUGUUCAGUUUUUGUUGGAACUGUUGUAGAGAGAUGUUUAUUAAACUUUAUCAAUUAUCAUAAUGGAGGAUUAGUUUGUUAUGCUGUUGAACUGUAUUAUAUUAUACAGAGAGGUGUUGUUUCUGCUCAUUACCCUCAUUGAUAAAAUGGGGUGGACAAAAUAAGAGAAACACCUCUCAGUAUAACGCACCACAAACUGCAGACUCCAAAAUAACUAUACAGUUGAAUCAAUACCUCUCUAAAACACUUUCAACAAAAACUAAAUUCUAAUCUCUUCAUGAAGGUAGAAUUUAUUGCAGGACUGUUUUAGUAGUAUAUCAUUAGUCUCAGCUAUGUGUUUCCCAAUAAACUGUCAACUGAACUGUUAAAAAAACAAACACUAAAAAGGUUUAAAGAAAUUAUAAUAUAUGUAUAUUAUAAUUAUAUACACUAAAAAGGUUUAAAGAAAUUAUAAUAUAUAUAUUUUAAUCUUAUGGGGGGGGGCACUCCUAUUAAUGUGUUUUAUAGUUAACAUUUAUUCCUCUGUGAAGGCAAUAGAAAACAUCAGCCAGCCACAGUUGCUAUGCAGCAUUUAGCUUACAUGUUUAGAAAACGUUUUUCAUGGCACUAUUCAGUUGACAAAAUAUGCACUGACGAGGACACACCGGGUUAACAUGAUGGGGCAAAAUGAUUAAACGAGUGUAAGUUAAAGAUAUCUGGUCAAGAUUUGGAUUUUUUUUUAUUUUUUUUUUAUAAAUGACACCUUGAUGGAGAGAGAUGGAGACCACAUCAUCAUGAAGGGACUGUAGGUUUCUUUUUUGCUUAAAAGGGCCGUUUCAUCCCUCAACUGUUGUUUAUGGUUGCUAAGCAACUUCAAAACGCCGUGGGAAGAGGAGCAGACUGGCAGGGGACCUGUGGCGAUACCUGACGGGGACACUCACCACCGUGUCAGGAAAUAUUUCCGCCUCCACUCAACGUGAUUAUUUUUUAUUUUUUAAUCUUUGAGUAUUUUCUUAUCUGACGUAUGACGAUAGCCUCUGAGCGUCAGCUUUUCUCAGUGGACUUAAACCAGGAUGUGAACUGUUAGUCGGCUUGUCUUCUGAUUAUCUGACAUAGGUUAGCUAAUGAGGAUCCUCCAGCAACUCAGCUCUGUAGACGUAUUUAUAAAGCAGAAUUUAUUUUGCUUUUAUGUGUUAUCUACUGCACAAGCCAACCGCUGUGGAGUGGAUGUGGAGACAUGGGGUCAGAGUCAGUGAAGGUGGUGGUCAGAUGCAGGCCCCUGAAUGACAGGGAGAAGGCUCUCUGCUCUAAGAUGGUGCUGUCCAUGGAUCUGCACCGCUGCCAGUGCUUCAUAAAGAAGCCCGGGGCAGUGGAUGAGCCACCCAAACAGUUCACCUUUGAUGGGACCUACUUCAUUGAUCAAACCACAGAGCAAAUGUACAACGAGAUUGCCUAUCCUUUGGUUGAGGGUGUCACUGAGGGAUACAAUGGCACAAUUUUUGCCUAUGGACAAACUGGAAGUGGGAAGUCUUUCACCAUGCAGGGAGUGUCCGAGCCUGCCGCCCAGAGGGGGGUAAUUCCCCGAGCCUUUGAACACAUCUUUGAGAGUAUUCAGUGUGCAGAAAAUACUAAAUUCCUGGUGAGGGCCUCCUACUUGGAGAUUUACAAUGAGGACAUAAGAGACCUUUUGGGAAGUGACACCAAACAGAGAUUGGAGCUGAAAGAGCAUCCAGAGCGUGGGGUGUAUGUGCGGGACCUCUCCAUGCACACUGUGCACAGCGUGGGCGAGUGCGAGAGAAUCAUAGAGCAAGGGUGGAGGAACCGGGCAGUGGGCUACACACUGAUGAACAAAGACUCCUCCCGCUCACAUUCCAUCUUCACCAUCCAUUUGGAGAUCUGCAGCACAGAUGCAGCUGGCCAGGACCAUCUACGAGCAGGUAAACUCAACCUUGUUGACCUGGCAGGAAGUGAGCGUCAGUCUAAAACCGGUGCUACUGGUGAGCGACUCCGCGAGGCCACCAAGAUCAACCUCUCCCUCUCGGCCCUGGGUAAUGUCAUCUCUGCCCUGGUGGAUGGACGCUCCAAAUACAUCCCCUACCGGGACUCCAAGCUGACCAGACUGCUGCAGGACUCUCUGGGAGGAAACACACGCACCUUGAUGAUCGCCUGUCUGUCCCCCGCAGACAACAACUAUGAGGAAAGCUUGAGCACACUGCGCUAUGCCAACCGGGCCAAGAGCAUCCAGAACAGGCCUCGUAUCAAUGAGGACCCCAAGGAUGCUCUGCUCCGAGAGUAUCAGGAGGAGAUCAAGAAUUUGCGGGCCCUCAUCUCAGGCCAGCUAGGCACUGCUAACCUUUCGUCUCUGCUGGCUGAUCAGUUGUCUGAGGCAUCCCCUGCUGUUUCUUCAAGGCCACAGUCCAGCAUCACAGAAGCACAGAAGGAGAAGAUUAAAGAGGAGUACGAAGAGAGGCUGGCCAAGUUGCAGGCCGAGUACAAUGCAGAGCAGGAAUCCAAGGCAAAACUGCAGGAGGACAUUGCUGCCCUGCGUUCCUCCUAUGAAUCCAAGCUGUCUAAUCUGGAGAAGGCCCGAGCCAGAAGGGGGAGCUCUGUCUCAAAGAAUGGUAACAGAAGAUCAUCUGCCCACAACAAAGAACCAUCGUCAGUGAGCUCUAACUGUAUGACACAAGUCGCUGAGGAUGAGCUCUGCCACAACACUGAUCCCAUGUGCCACAGUACAACUGGAGACACUUCCCUGACCGAGUUGGUGAGCCAGCCUCCUGGACCUGCAGCAGUCAGUGUCCAAAAAGGUCCAGACGGAGACGGGCUCGUAGACUCACCUGACAUCUCUACUGCAGCGCCUCUGGACCAGCAGCACGUCCUGGAAAGACUGCAGCAGCUGGAACAGGAGGUGGUAGGGGGAGAGCAGGCCAGGAACAAAGAGUUACAGCAGAGACACCGGCAGAGGAAGAACCUUGCCGACCAGAGAAAAGUCCAUCUUAUCCACGCUCUGUCAGAAAACAGUGAGGAAAGUGAAAAUGUGCUGUUGAACGUCUACAACUCCAUCCAGGAAGAGGUCCAUGCCAAAAGCCAAAUACUGGUCAAGGUCCAGGGCAAGCUGAAAGCAGCCAAACUGGAGAUCCGUGACCUGCAGGCAGAGUUCGAGGUGGAGAGGAAUGACUACCUGGCAACAAUCCGGCGGUUGGAGAGGGAGGGCCAGUUACUGCACAGCCUGCUGGAGCGUAUGGUGCCCCUGGUGCGCCGUGACUGCAACUACAGCAACCUGGACCGCUUGAAGAAAGAAGCUGUCUGGGACGAGGACAGCGCCACCUGGAGGCUGCCGGAUGUGAUGGUGCAGAAAACAACACUGCCUUCAGCAGUGGCUCCAAAACUUUCAGCUCGCAGAGGUUCAGCUGCUGAUACGGGAGAGCCAUUCAUGGUGGAAGAGGACAGGUACAAGGAAAUGCUGGACCGUAGUGACAGUGAGAACAUCGCCAGCAGCUACUUCAAGUCAAAGAGAGCCAGCCAACUGCUGGGACGUGAAGCUACCAAGGGACACACCAUCCACUCACCUCCUCUGGUUAAUGGGGCGGCCCACCUCACUGUGAGUGGUUCCACCAUGAACCCGCCUGUCAGCUCAGACUCUGUCCUGCCACGCCCCUUCCGCCUGGAGUCGUUGGAUGUCCCGGUGUCCAAUAGUAAGGUGAAGCGCAAAAAAAGUAAAUCUCACAUCCAUAAUGAGGGGAUUUGAAAAGACUGUGAAUUCUCAUGGCCUACAUACUUUAACACAUUUCACUGUCAUCUGUUUGUGACUUUGACAUUGAUUGAUUACAUACUGUAUAUAGGAAAUUAUUAAAUAUUGCAUUUUUAAUAACCACAGCUAACCAGAAAUGUAUACAGUAGGCAUUUUUUGUGGACAUUACGAGUCCAGUUGUGUCAUGUGUUUUAAAUCACAUUUUGAAUGUUCAUUUUGAACAAAAUGCUACCUACAGUAUGACACUACCCUUGAAUUUUUGCACUGUACCCAAAAACUUGUGAUUCGUGCUCUGUGAGACUCAAAGUCCAGCUACUAUCAUUUUUAACUUCAUAUGUAUUUUACUGUUGUUGAUUGUAAACCAAAAUUUUAACCUGUUCCUUAUCUAACAUUUAAAACUCUGCACUUACUGCUGAAUAGAUAAGAUAAAAUGUAUUUAUCCACUUUAUGGCCAAUUUCAUUUACUUUACAAAAAGCCAUUUAAACUUGGCUUGUUUAGAGUGUUAUGAACAGUAAUAAGAUCUCAGUCAACAACAUGGCAGACCAGUUUGUAGUUUCACAGCAAAUUGAUGGCUGUCACAAAUCGGUCGGGGGGCUGUUGUCAAGGCAGCAGUGUUGACAGGUAGUAGACAGUUAUCUUAUGUUACAUGUGACCUCUGAGGUCAGCAUUGUGGGUUUUAGUGUGGCCUUACUUAAGCCUAAUAAAAAUGAGAGAACCCUUAA